CCCUCUAUUCACGCGCAGUGCACUUGCCUGGCGAUGCUACAGCGGUUCCUCCUCACUUAUGUAUUGGACUGUACAGCUACAAGAGGCGGGAGAUGCGCAUCAGCAACCCGCUACCCGCCGAAGCUCCCUUCAUUUCAGAACGGAAGAGACUAAAUGUGGAUGCAUUCAGGUGCAAACUUGCAUGAACUAAAAAAUAGUCCAUGCCGGGGUUUCGGGAUGUUAGAUAGCUGCACGUAGCCUUUUCUAGGGCUAUAUUUCACUGUUGGACGAGGGAGUCGGCGGCGUCCUCAGCUGUUGCAUUUGGGGGCUGAAGUGUCAGGCAACUAACUAUGCGAUUUGAUUUCGAACGGUAAUUCCGGAUCAGUUUGACUUGUGCGGCUGAUGCGAGCGGAGGUUGACUGUCAGUGCCCUCUGAGUUGUAUUUCAAGCCUGUUGUCGCCGGUAUUCCCGACAACGGAACCGUAGGGAUGGAAAAAGCUAGUCAGCCACAGCUUUCGCUGUCCAUAACAAAGAGUGAAAGUCCAGCGGAGGACAUCUCAAAUAUACAGGACGAGGACCUUCUCAAGUGGACCAAAGAGGAUUUGGUGCGGCGGCUCCGGCGGUCUGAAACCGAUAAAAUUAGCGUGAUACUGGACCACAGCAAUCUGAUCCGCGAGGUCAAUCGCAGCCUCCAGCUACACUUGAACGAAAUAAGAGGGCUGAAGGACAUCAACCAGAAACUGCAGGAGGACAACCGGGAGCUGAGGGACCUGUGUUGCUUCCUGGAUGACGACCGUCAGAAGGGCAAGCGGGUGUCCAGGGAGUGGCAGCGACUGGGGCGCUACAGCGCCUCCAUCAUGAGGAAGGAGGUGACGUUGUACCUUCAGAAGCUCAAGGAGCUGGAGGUGCGGCAGGACGAGGUGGUCCGGGAGAACCUGGAUCUCAAAGAACUCUGUUUGUUACUCGACGAGGAGAAAGGUGGAGGAGGAGGAGGAGGAGGUGGUGGAGGGGUGGGGGUUGGUGGUGUAGGAGGGGGAGGUUGUGUGGUGGGGGUGGCAGGAGGGUGUAGGAAUUCUAUCGAUAGCCAGAGUAGUUUGUUGCUGGUCCCCGGGACAGGGUUGUUGAUGAGGGACGUGGGGGAUGGUAGUAGUACGUCUAGCGCGGGGAGCGCCGACAGCUCCGAUCACCCCCACCACAAGCAGCUCCACCUGGUUACACACGCCGGUAGCCUCGGGGGCGGUGGAACUGGGAGCCCGGAGCAUCUCCAAAAGCCCCGGGCUGGCAGUGUGAGUGGAGAACGUGAGAUCCCCUCCAGCCCUGAACCUCCUCACCCCCAGGGCAGGCACCGUAGCACCAGCCUGGAGUAUCCCUACGCCAUGCCCCAGCUCUGCCGACCCCGCUGCGGCUCCAUCUCGGUGCCCGACCACACCCAUAGCGCCCGUUCCAUGCGGGGGCUCAGCCCAGAGAAGUACGGCCGCAACGUGGGACGCCGGAGCCCCGAGUCCCAGCACCCAUCCACCAAGCACCACCACCUCCACAGCUCCGACCUGCUUCUCUCCCAGAAACAGCAGCACCUCCUGGGGUCGGGUCAGGGCGGCAGCGCCGGGGAGCUCUACCAGAGGCACCACAGGGGGAGCAUCGGGGGCGGUAGCUGCUGUGGAAGCCCCGAGCCCAGACAGGCACAUCUAGGGUUGGGGACGCCAGAGCACCAGCACCAUGAGAAGGGCUGUGUGAUGUCAGCCGGGGGCAGUCCAGAGACUCACAGGCACCAGUAUAGUGGGAGUCCAGACCACAUGAAGUUCGGCAGCCCUGGGAGAGAGGUACAGAAGAGACCGGCCACUGCUGAAGAGCUGUCACCGCAUCACAGGAGCAUCUAUAACGGCAUGAACGCUUUGAUGUCAGCUGGAUGCUGUACCACCAACUGUAGAAAUGUGAAACUAUGGGACAGCUUCGAUGCCUCUUCUUGACAACACUGCACCCCAGCUGGCACGUUUGGGGUGAGACGUACCUCCUCAACGGUGGGAUAAGGAGGGUCCAACACUCCUGCUGCCCUGGCCCAAACAGACAAUGGGACAACUGGACACCCCUCUCCAAGAUCCUGAUGGUCUGUCCCAUCCGUCCUCAUAUACUACUAUGUUUUCAUUUCUUCAUAUCUAGAGUUUGGGACAAUUUGGGGGAAAACUUGGGAAUGCUACUAGGACGGAUGGAUGGCAUUCCCAAAGACUGCCACAGCUAAAUGGAUGAGAGUGAGACUGGAUGCCGCAUAUGAGCUCCCUGCCAACCACCAAGACAUGGCCUACCUCCCAGAGAGUGAAAGAAGCAGGGGAAGAAGUGAAAAGAAGGAGAGAAGAAGAGGACCACUCCUCUCAGCUCAUCAGUCUGGGGUUCUCUCUCUCUCUCUCGCUCCCUCUCUCCUAUUCCUCCCUCUGCCUCUACCCUUUCUCUCUUAUUAUCUCUUUAUCUCUCUCUCCUAUUCCUCUUUCUCCCUCUGCCUCUCCC